UCACCACAUCCAAAAAGCACCGUUGCAGUGUGGAGACAACUAGUCAUUUGAAUCUCUGAGACACAGGGAUCAUUGAGAGGAACAGUACCCGACCUGAGUGACCGCCCUGGGCAAACACCUCCUCUGCCUCCCUGUUACACAAUCAAUGUGUUACGUCUCCAUUACCAUUCUGCAGCCCAACCAGCCAGGGGGCUUCCUCCGCGUCAGGUUGUGCCAGGACGAGUAGCUGGGGACCACACACACAGUAGCAGAUGCUCCCGGUGUUGGAGCCUGCCUGGCUGCCAGCAGUCAGCCUCAGUUAACCGAGCCUCGGCCUGGUCACGACUGAUGAAAAGCGAGGAGGUCCACCAGCUGCUGACAAGAAGAGGCAUGCUAACGGUGGUCGGUCCAGGAGAGCAGACUCUGUGGGACAAUGAGCAGGUCCUGCGUAGAGGAAAAGCAGCCCUCGGAGGAAAGUUUGCUUAUUGUCUUUCACCGAGCCUCAUGGACAUAUUUAGCAAACAGUGACGGCUGACUGGCGGAUUCUGCUGACACCUAGAUACUGAGAUGAGAUGGUUGCAGAGCAGGGAGGACUGGGCUGUCAAUCCCAAGUAACUUCCAGCUAAUUAGGAGUGGUUGGAUCCAGAUGGAAGGUGAGCCUCAGAGAGUGACAGAUGUGUGCCUCUGUGGAGAACCAUUUGCAUCUCCCUGCGGAGAUUUGAGUUCUGGGACGCUCAGGCAUCCAGGAGGGGGGUCUCCGAGAAAGAUGCUGGGUUCAGAGCGAGGUGUUGUGGAAGAAUGGCUCUCCGAAUUCAAGUCCUUACCAGAAACCCAAAUCCCAAGGUAUGCCGGCAGCCUGCAUCUAAAGAAGUCUCUGGUACCAGCGCUCUACAGAGUUAUCCAGGACCCCAACAACGAGCUGCUGGAACCGGUGUGUCAUCAGCUGUUUGAGCUGUACCGGAGCUCUGAAGACCGCCUGCGACGUUUCACCCUGCAGUUCCUGCCUGAACUCAUGUGGGUUUAUCUGCGGAUCACUGCCAGCAGGGAUCGCCAGAGCAAUGGCUGCAUUGAGGCCCUCCUCUUGGGUAUCUACAACCUGGAAAUUGUUGACAAAGACGGCAACAGCAAACUUCUUUCCUUCACAAUCCCAUCUCUGUCGAAACCGUCAGUAUAUCAUGAGCCUUCUAGCCUGGGGUCCAUGGCUCUGACUGAGGGAGCGCUCUGUCAGCAUGACCUGAUCAGAGUGGUUUACAGCGGCCUCCACCCUCAGAGAGAAACUUUCACUGCACAGAACAGGUUUGAGGUCUUGUGUUUCCUUAUGCUCUGCUACAACUCUGCUGUGGUCUACAUGCCCCUUUCUUCCUAUCAGGCCAUCUGCAGGAUGAGUUCACGGGUGUGUGUAUGUGGCUUCCCCCGGCAACAACAGAAGCUUUGGAGAGAACCUUGCAACCGUGUCCUACUGGACCCCGAGUUCAUGGUGCAGAUGCUCACUGCCGUUUACCACGCUAUAUACAAUGGAGAGUGGGAGAUGGGGCGAGAAGCUCUGGAGGAUAUUGUAUACAGGGCCCAGCUGGAGCUUUAUUCCCAGCCUCUCUUGCUGGGGAACGCCAUGAAAAACUCUCUGCCAGAUAGCGCUCCCGAAGCGCCGCGGGGAUGCAAGGUGCUUCAGGUGGAGGUGACCCCCACCAUCAGCCGUAUAUCCAUCUCUGCGAUCACCACGGCCUCCAUACGGCGCCACCGCUGGAAGAGAGAGGAUUGUUUUGACUACUCAACCGAUGCAGAGUUGACCGUCACCGUCAGUCCUCCUAUCCUCGUCCAACACCACCAUCUCCACGACCCCCCCAGGGAACCGGCAGCUAAAGAGGAUAGAGGAGGGCGGCAUCAGAGCCUCCACGGCAGCAGCAGCAUCAUUCCCCCCAUCACACUCGAGGAUGCUGACGGCAUGAGCGGCGGGGAGGAUUCCUUCAACAUCAACGAUCCAGACGAAGGCUUCUCCUCCGGGGCGUCCAACAGCAGCCAGCCCAGCGGCACCAAGACCGGUGGCAGCGUGGGGCCGAGGGGCGGCAGCCUGAACAGCAGCAGUAGCAGCAUCAAGAAAGCCAUCACAGCUCGCCUGUCCAGGGAUAAGGAGAAGGAAAGGGUGCGAGAGAGGGAGGCAGAGAAACAGGAACUGUGUUUGGAUCAGCAGGCUGCGGGGACGAGGCUUCGCCAGAGGCAGCAGUCCCCCCCGGGCAGCAUCAGCUUGGACGCCAUCCAUCUGAGCCCCAUAAAGAAGCACCUGAGCUUCCCUGCGGGGCACCCACUGGUGCGGACUGGCAGCGCCUCCUCUAGCAAGUCCUUCGACUGCAUGAAUCUGAACUUAAACGGGGGUGAGGACGAGCGAGAGGAGGCGGCAGGAGGCUCCGACAAGGAAACUGGGCCCUUACUGGGGGGCUCCCACCACCACUCCACUGUCAGCCUGCAGGAGGAGCACCUGAACAGGCCGGAGGAGUCCCAGGCCCUCCUCUCCCCCGGAGCCCCUCUCACUAAGCAGUCACGCUCUCCCAGCUUCAACAUGCAGAUCAUAUCGCAGGUCUAAUGUCCAGCGCAGGGAAUAAGAAAAACACACAAAUAAUUUAUUCAGUUUCCUCCACAACCUCUAUUAUGGCAACCUGGUCUGUUUCUGUGUUUAUGAGGUGGAAAAAAAAGAUCUCCAGAUCUCUGGAGCUUUGUCUCUACCCUUCCAACAUCUAAUAAAGCUUGACUCGCUGUCACAGUUGGUCGGUCCCUGAGAAAACAUGAAAGGAUGUUGAUGACUUCUCCAUCACUGUAAUUACAGUCCCUCAAAACAAGCUGAGCUUUCCACACACAAACUGUCCUAAUAGGGAGGUGAUAAGAAGGAUUUUAGAGGUAAAAUCUCAUAACAUUUCAGAUUAUUUGAGUUUCUGACUGAAUCAGUCAAAUCAAUCAGCAAUAACAUGUCGCUCAUGUGGAGAAAAGUGGGAAUUAUUCCCCUUUUUUUGUUCCCCUUUCAUUCCUGGGCUCCUGUGCAAUCAUUCCUGCUGACUUCAGUCAUAAACGGUUUAAACAAUCUCAUUUCUGUUCCUUUUCUAAUCAGUUUAAAUAAAGAAACUUUUAAGAUUGUUCUUAAACCAAACUUUAAUGUGGUAUAAAAGGUUUGAAUUGUCUCACGUUUUUUAACUGGACAAACCUGAAGAAAUCCUUUCUGUGCAGCUACACGAGCAGAGACUUCAGUCUGGUGUGACUUCAUUUUUAAAUCUGAAGCUGAAUCUUGCAGGUUUGUGUGCAACAGUAAAGACAAUGACUGUCUUUUAAGUUGGUUUCACAACUUCAUCUGAAUAGCAACUAGUUUCCUCUUUGUUGUGACUUUUGUGCUGGUUGUUUGCUGCCCUCUGGAGGCUUGUAGCAGUCACUGCGUUUCCUUGUCGUCAUUAGCAUUGUCUCGUUUUUGUUCUACCUCAUUGUGUGCUGAAAUACACGUCUGCCAGUCAGAUGCAGGAUUUAUCCACUGAAGCUGAUCUGACCAAAAUGGUUUCCCAUUUCGACUCUAAAUGUGUGUAAUCAUGAGGGUUUGUGUCUGAAUUUCUUGUCUUUCUGUUCCAGCUCAGCUGCAAUACAGGCCACAGUUAGACUUCAGGUGUUCCUUUACAUUAAGCAGAUUAGUUUAAUUCCUUUUUUCUGUUUUAUGUAGUUGUUUUAAGUGCAAUUGGUUUUCUGAUCCUUGUGCUGGGGAGUUUUUCUCUGCUGUGAAAUGCCUGCAUCUGCGCAUUGUGCUUUUCUAGCCUUGUGUAGUGUUUCCUGCCCAAGCAGAGUGAUUUUUAUUUCACUUUUUUAACCUGGUGUGCUUGCCUCUGCAUGCGUAGUGCCCUGCAAGCCACCGCUUUUUCAGAUGCACGAAGCAGCCAGCGAGCGAGCCAAACCCGAAUCUUGUCCUUGUCUUAGCCAGAUGUGCCAUUACGCAUCCUCUCCUAACAGAUAUAUAUAUUUUUGUUGUUGCUUCCCAGGUGUCUUAUAUCAAAUGCCUGAUUGUUUUUCUGUUUACUGGUCUUAUUUUAAAGUCGGGGUUCAUACACUUGGCUCGGUGUGACCUUAGAUGCAGCUACUUUUUUUAUUUUUAUUAUUAUUUUAGAAGCGAGUCUUGGUCAGUACCUGCAGGACCUUGCAAAGGUAUUUUUACCCCUUGAACCUUUUCACAUUUUGUGUUACAAACUCAAAUAUCAAUCUCUCUAAAUAGUUUUUUUUUUGUUGAAAUACAAAAGUAGAGUAUAAUUGUGAAAUGGGAGGAAAAUUAUAGCUUUUAACAAUCUUCACAGUGAAAUUCUGAAAGGUGCGGUGUGCAUUUGUAUUCAGUCCCUAUCUGGGUUGAUUUUCAGAACCACAAUUUUGUAAAGUGUAUAAGUGUACCUACAAGCUUGGUGCAUCUAGAGACUGAACGUUUUUCGUCAGAUUUCUGUUGGAUUUAGGUCUGGACUUGAACUAGACCAUUCUAACACACACCUUCGCCUCAGCCUUUUUCAGCCUCUAACAGGUCUUCUUUCAGUAUUGCAUUUAGCUGCUUCCAUCUUCCCAUCAACUCUUGCCAGUUUCCCUGCUGCGGCUGAAAAAAGCAUCCCCACAGCAUGAUGCUGCCACCAACAUGUGUCACUGUGGGACGGAUGUUAACAAAAUUCACAAUUAUGCCCUAUGUUGUGUUGGUCUGUCACAUAAAAUCCCACUUACAAUAAUUGAAGUUUGUGGUUUAAAAUGUGAAAAAGCUCAAGGUGUUUGAACGCUUCUGCAUGGCGUUGUAUAUCUGCUGUGGAUGUAAGCUGUUGUAUAGCCUGAGGAUUGACUGGUCAUUGUAUAUAAAUCUCUCACAUCGAUGCUCCUGGUGUGCUUGAAGUCCUCACAGUUGCUCGUCCUACGUGUGCGUUGUCCAUAUAGAGCCUCAGCUCUCGGCUGUUCUCGUGGAAGAAUAGGACUCUGUGCUUUUUCACCUGCGUGGGUAAGCUGUCAUUCCCGUGACGUGUGACCCAGGCCCCCAUUUUUGCUGUAUUUUCGGCGUGAGUCCAGUGGCACCAUUUUUGCUGUUUUUAAAACCAGUGAUGUGUUCACGUCUUUAACGAGUGUCGAGGUUACCCUCAGUCAUGGUGGGGCUGUACGUGUUGACUUAGAGUAACAAAUAUCCCUCAGUGUGUGGUGUUAUUUGCAUGUGAUCAGGAUGGAAAAUGAACACCAGCUCGGGACUGUCAGUAAGGUCCAUAAGCUUCAAUAAGUCCAGGUGCAUUUCCAAUAAAACCUCCUUUCUGUGUUUAAAAAAUAACUCAUUAGUUUAUUGAUCAGUCCCCGCUGCUGGAUGAGAAAGUUCAUUUUCCUUCCUGCAUGUGAUAACUGUGGGCUUUGUGUUCAUACAGUUCAAUGCACUUUAACACAUCCAACUCUCUGAAGAUAGUUAUUGAGAUGACAUAUAUAGAUGUGCAAAAUGUGUAUACACUCAGUGCAGGGUUUUAGUCUCUUGAAAGUAGUACUUCUAUGGGAUUCCUCAUCCAACACAAGGCUAUUUUUGUUAAAGUCUGAGGGUACAGCUAUUUAUUCUAUAUUUUUUGUUUUAAAACCAAAAGAAAUGUAAAAAAAAAAAAAAGAGGUUGCGGGGACUUGGAAAGAUCUCAGUAAUUUCUAAAAAAUAAAAAGCCACAAUAAAAAAAAAAAAAAUAGCGGCACCAAAAUUUCUGUUCUUGACGUCAGAAUUGAUUCUAUGCAACAUUUUUCCCCCUUUUUUUCUUAGUUAUAUUUUGUUGUUCAGGCUCUUACUGAUCUGUAUCCUGUUACCUCUCGAGGACCAUCCCUGCAGAGAGAAAAGCCACAGCCGGAUGGUGGGUUGAGCUUUCCUGUCAGCCUGCUGCUCUGUGGCUCGGGUCGGUUUAUAAAACGAUUAGUGAUGAUGAAUUGUAUCCACACGCUUCAAUGGAGGCCUCUGGAUAACAUUGUAGUAAUUAUGAUGUACAAAUGGAGAGAAAAAGACUUAUUUUAAAAAUCUUGUAAAUAGAAAAAUGUAUAAAGGUUAAAGCAAGAUAAAUAUAAAUAUAAGUCAUGUAGACAGAGAUGAAUCUGUAUAUUGUUGAAUAAAUAUUGUGCUGUAAA